AUGGCCGACAAGGUGAUUCUGACCGAAGUGCUCGAGGCUUCAAACCUCACCGAGGCCUACGCCGAGCUCACUGCGCAAACUCUCUUCAACGAUCUCGUUGAUCCGGCUCAGGCAUAUAGAUAUGACUUGCUGAAUCUACACGUGAAUAGUUCUUCGAUGACGUAUCCGGAGAAUCCUCCACUGGUACUUAAUGUUGUGGAGUCUGCCCCAUGGUUGCUCCGUACUGUUCGCGAGGAUCCGUCCGUGUCCUACUUUGGUUUGGAUGAUCGUGCCGAACUUGGCGAACCCGUGGACCAGCGCUGGUCCGGUGAUACAACGCGAAAAGAUGACACUUUCACUGUUGAUGAUGCCGUUGAGGCACUCGGCUUUGGACGAUUUCAAGUGAAGCUCAGCAUCCUGACCGGCAUCGCAUGGAUGGCAGAUGCAAUGGAGAUGAUGCUGCUAUCGUUGCUUUCACCUGCAGUUGCCUGCGAAUGGAGAGUGACGUCGGUGCAACAGGCGCUGGUGACGACGUGCGUAUUCAGUGGAAUGAUGCUCAGCAGCACUUUCUGGGGCAAGACUUGUGAUCGAUUUGGCCGUCGAGUGGGUUUGGUCGCGUCGACGGUACUCGCUUCCUUGAUGGGUGCAAUUAGCGCAUUCUCGCCGCAUUUUUACGUGCUGUUGUUCUUUCGUGGGCUCACCGGCUUCGGUAUUGGCGGUGUUCCGCAGUCGUGA